UGGGAGGAGGAUGUAGAGGGGGUGUUUUCUUGAACGGGGACGGGAAAGAAUGUUCAGGGCGUUCUUUGUGUAACAGUGUGAUGUAGAGUCGGCAUCCGCCUUCAACACUAACGAACGAGAAUGAGCUUUGGGUACUGUGAGGGUCAUUCCACAGAGCUGUGCCGCGACUUUUCUCUCCACCACCUCUCUUCUCUUUUGGGAAAUCCAGUUCGGUUCCAUUUCGCAGAUUUCUGCCGUAGCAGAGCGACUUUUCUCUCCACCAUCUUUUGUCCCUUGGAAAUUGCAGCGUUCUACCGGAGCGGCGCGACUUUUCUCUCCAUCGUCUCUACUCCUCUGGAAAUCGCAGAGCUCUACCGGAGCAGCGCGACUUUUUUCCUCACCAUCUCUUCUGCUUCUCCUUCUCCUUCUCCUUGGGAUGUGCAAAACGUCGUUUGCGGGCCCACGAUGUGCUGUGCUGAUUUUUAUGCGACCGCGAACUUGUCAUGUCCAGGAAUCCUUUGUGCCGUGGUCAUGUGAGAAGGGUUGCUCGUGGUUGGGCUGCAAGCGGGCGGGUAACGUGCGUGCCUGCGUACGUAGAUUGCAACGGUGUACCUACUGUCUGUCUGUCGGUCGGUCUGUCUGUCUGUCUGUCUAUCUGACGAAGGAACGGAAACAACGAGAGGAGCGGUUUACCUACUGUCUAACGAAUCGCGUCGCACUUUCUUGAUUGAGUGGAAGGUGAGGAGCUGGCUGCGGAUGGACCAGAUAUUCCGCCUUGGUGAUUUGCGGGAGGGUCCUAUGGGCUCCUGGAUGGGUCGGCAUCGGCUCGUAGAUUGUGGUGGUUUCUCCGUAGAGCCCUUGUUGGAUUCCGGCUUUUCCGCGGACGAGGAGGGGGAGGAGAAGGAGGAGCAGGUUCUGGUCGCUGCGAGAGACCAGGUGCUGGGCGACUUGGUAUCGAAUUUGCCGACAAUUCAGCCACAUGUGGCCUCCGCUGCGAAAUUGACGACCAUCGACUGGCAGAUGGACCAGCAGAUGGAGGAUUCUCCGAUCGAUCAGCUCCCGGACUCCGUCCUUGUGAGCAUUCUCAGCUCUGUGAAUGAUGCCAAGUGGCUGGUCCGCUGCGCGGUGCUUUCCAAGCGCUUCAACUCCCUCGUCUGGCAGGUGCCAGAUGUCCGCUUCGGUUCUAGUGAGACCUUUGAAGGGGAGGAUGGGCGUCGAAGGUGCUGCUACAGCAUGUGGGAUGAUUUCGAGGAAAUCGUCACAGACACGGUGAUGAAAAUGACAGACCUGCAGUCUUUGACUGUGGUGAGCGAUGUUGAAUACUCGGAGGUUUCGGAGGAGGCAGUGGAAAUAUGGCUGAAACAUGCAGGGGGCAUGCUGCGCAGCCUGAAGCUCCACACUGAGAAGUCCCUUGCCCGGGACUCUGACUGCACGAUUGCGAAUCUCGAUAUGGUCCUGCGGUACUGCAGCACCCUAGAGGUUUUGGAUCUGUCGGUUGGCCGGUUGCGCUUAGGCCCCUGCAACAAUCCCCCACUUGGGAUUUUCAAGCGCCUUACCGAGUUGAAGGUGACGCAGCUUGUUGUGGAAUGGCAGGCAGAUCUCAGCGCGAUGCUCGCUUCCAUGCCUCGUCUAGAGACUCUCAUGCUUGAGCUAGUCUGCGGGCAGUUUAGGAACGUCAUCGACUUUCCUGGGCCGUCUCUGAAGCGUCUGGUGCUCAGCAUGGUUCCAAUGUAUGGCCCCGCCCUGGAUCCUUCCGCCGACGCGGGGAGACACGAUCACAAACAGAAAAUCGUCAUCACGGCACCGAAUUUGGAGAUUCUGGAACUCACCGUUCAUGGGACGUACUCGGUGGCCCUUGUAGGUGGAGGGAAACUGAAACACCUCCAGGCGAAUGUGUGGUUCGCCACCUUGGAUUUGGAGCUAAGUCCCGAGGUGAAGACUCUGGAAACGCUCGUAAUGCGUGCCAACCUGGAGUCAGGAGCGGAUAAUGGUAGAGGGUACUGGAAGACGUGGGACAGCAUCCUCAGCCGCUUCAACGACAGCUUGCAGAAGCUGACGUGGGGCGUCCAGUUUUUUGAGGAUGAGGAAGAUAGGGUCAACAGCCUGCCGGGGUAUCCAGCGGGAGGAAUCUUCCGCAAUGUGGUGUACAGUUCAAGGAAUGCCAUGCCAGGUAAAAGACCGAUACCCAUACAUCCACUCCAGUUCUGUCGGAACUUCCAUGAGCUGCGGACUCUUUCAAUAGAGUCUAGCGACUUUGUGCGGAGUUUGGAGAGGGGCUUCAUUUUGCUGAGCAAAAGCAUCGGUCAGAAGUGUGCGAAGAAGGAGGACGCUGCUACGGGCUGUGGGAAGAGUGAAGGUGCAAAGCUGGCAACAGAGGGGGGGGCGCGCGACAAAGAGGUGACCAACGGCCUUAAGAAGAAGCCUGCUAGGAACCCUAGCAGCACAGAUUUCCACGAUAAUGAUGCCAGCCCUAAGGCUUGUCAUGACUCUACGAGUAACUUUGAGGCCAUGAGCUGUCUGCCAAAAUUGGAACGGCUGCUUCUUCAGCUUGAGAGUGUCCGGGAAGUCACGGUGCAGGUUCUGUCUCUCUUUCUUGACGAGAGCCCUUCUCUGAGAAACGUUUUUGUCUGCACGGGUAAGUUUCAGCGAGCUUGGAGCGGCCGCCCUGAACAGAUGUGCAGGCUGCAAAACCUUGAGCAGAAGUACUCGAGAGUUAAGUUCCGCUACAGCACAUCUGCAACAUCCAUGGAUUCCCAGGACUUUUUGGUGUGAUGCUGUUCCACCAGUAUAGAUGAUAUGGGUGGAGGUUUGACGAAUUGCAAAGCUGCU